AUGGCGCCACAUUUCAAGAAGCUCACUGACUGCCCGGAAAACCUCCGGGAAUCUAUCGAUUGGCUGAUUCAGAUUAGGAAUGGUGGAGAUAAGACAGGUCUUCAGAAUUUGGCCAAAGCUUUGGAUAAGUUGAUUAACAAGGCUAUUGAAGAUGCUGAAAAUAGUCUUAAAGCCGAGGAAGAGAAACUUAAAUGCCCUAUAAUAUACGAGGGUAAUCUAUCUUAUUGCCAAAUUAAUGAAAAGUCUCUUAAGGAAGCUGAAAAGAAACUCGAGGAACUUAAAGAAAAAAACGAUUCUGAAAGUUUAUCUAAGAAAACGCAUUUAGAAGAUGAAAUAAAGCUGUUUACAGGAUAUAAACAAAAAUGUAUUGAAUAUACUCACCCACGAUAUCCUGAUAGCAAGGCCUUGAAAGACGUUAGGGCCCAGCUGAAGGGGCUUCAGGCACUUUCCAAAACGCUUAAUCCAUUUUUUAACAAACUUAACAAAACUACGAAAAAUGAUGGUGAUAGCAUUUUGCAUAACCUUUUUGAUGGUUUAGAAAAGUUUCUAGGUUACUCUUCCACUUCCAAAUGCUACGAUGGUAAUGGAAUUGUCUACUCCGACCUUGACAGGCUGUGUGAUGCAGUGAUGUACUUUAUCCUCAAAUGCCUUGAGUGCAAUAAGGAUUUGUUAACGCAUUAUUACCCUAGCAUUACUGAAAAUAUUGAAGCUUUAAAAAAUAACAUAGGUAAUGGUUUGGGUGUUAAGGGACUUGGUAAGGCAAUCCAGAAGAUUAAGGAGGGGCUUCAGGGAUAUGAGCGUGUUUUGACAAGCAGAAGUCAGAAGGUUAUCAGUGACUUAUCAAAUUAUGCAUCUCAAAUGCCUGCACGCAAUGCCCAUUUAUGGUCUGUUCAACAUAAGGGAUUAAGUCAAAUUAUUGAUCGUUUUAACCUUUAUAUUAAUAAUGCCAAGGAGACUAUGAGGAGCAUUCGAAACAAUUCUGAAGGGUUUGCCGGACUUGAUGGCGCAUUAAAAAACAAAUUAAGUGCUCCGUUUGAAAAAAUCAAUGAGGGGAUUAACAUAUUACAGAAUAGUCUACAAACUGACGAUUUCGUAAAAGCACUUAAUGUUGUUCAAAGAACCUUUGACGUUUUGCCUAGUAAGGUUGAGCGCAUCAUAUCGGAGAAUGUUAACGGCACAAUAUCUGAGCAUGAAAAUGCCGUGAAUAGAUAUAAACAACAUGUAAAAAAUGACAUUGAAAAAUCUCGUGACACAUUUCUAACGGAACGUCUAAAGGUCGCUAUAACGGAUUUGAACAAUUCGAUUAAUUGUGCACAGUUAAAUGCUUUGAAUUUGGGAGGUUUGAGAAAUGAUGUAGUUAAACAUGUCGUAGAGGCGAUUGAAACGCGCUUUAAAAGUGUUGAUGAGGAUGUGGACGAUGAAGAUACGUUAAAAGAAUUGAAGACAGGUACCGUUGCUAUUCAAAUUGAGAACAUUACAGAAAAUCUGAACGAAGAGAAAGCUUUGCUGGAAGUUACAAGCAAAAUAAAAAGUGUACAAGUAGAUAUUGGCGAGCCAGAUGAGAUAUUUAAUAAGGCGCAUCAAAUCGGUUUGCAAAAGUUGGUUAUGCAUGCGCAAACCAAUCUACAAGAAGCUCUUAAAUGUGCUCAGGAGAAUGCCAAGAAUAUGGGUGGAUUAAAGAAUGGAAAGGUUGCGGGGGUGAUAGAUAACAUUCAAAAGAAGUUUAAUGAGGUGGAUAAUAUUAAAACGAUAAGAGAACUACAGGAAUUGGAAAGCAAUUUCAUGAAAGGGGAGAUUCAGAAGAUAACAGAAAUACUUAAUAAUGAAAAUGCAGCUGGCGUUACAUCCACACUUAAUAGUUUACAGAAGAACAUUGUUGCACCUCAAAAAUUAUUCGACGAUAAUUAUACAACCAUUUUGGCACCUCUGGCUAAACAAUCCCAAAAGGAAAUGUUGGCUACCGUCGAAAACGCCACGGAAUGCAUCACGACGCAUGGGGUGCUGCAUAAGCAAAAAAUAAAGGAGGCUUUAGAAAAAAUCGAAAAUACGUUACAGGAGAUUGAAACGCCAGCUGUAGGCAUAGAGAAGUUGUAUCAAGUAGUUACAGGCGUUGAAGAGCAGCUCAACCAGCUAGACAGCAAGAUUGGUUCAAGCUUACAAGCAACGGUAAAACCGGCUAUUCAGAAAUUGAAUGAUGAUUUUAUGACUGUAAAAAACUUGGUAAAACAACGUCGGCCUACAACUAACGCUGAACUGAUUUUUCUAAUUACGGCGACGAGGACGUACGCUGUUGAGGCUCUUCACCUGGCUGAGACGUAUUCGGUGGAUGCCAGUGGGAGUCCAAAUACCGACAUCAGUGGCGUAGCUAGCACCAUUCGACACAAAAAUUUAGAGCUGCUUGAUGAUGCCUUUUCAAACAAAAGCAUCACCGGGUUGCACACUAGAAUUAAUGGCCACCUUAGCAAACUUAAUAAGACUAAUGGCUCUUACAAAGGCAGCAAACCUUUUGCAAGCUUCGAAAUAGACGAUCUCACAACGAAAAUUAGGGAGGCUGAAAAAAGCCUGAUCCGUUCCUUGGUUGGGUCGGCGAAGCCCAGGAUCGACCACUAUUUUACUACUGCCACGAAUCUAACGGGGCAACUUGAUGACCAUGAUACGACAGGACUCAAGCGUACACUGGGGGAGCUGAAGGGAAGUAUGGACGAUCCUGAUAAGAUCACAGAUAUAAAUGAGUUUUCCUCGUUGGUUAAAAAAGUUGGAACCCAAUUUCAAAAGCUCAGAACUCAGCAUAGUUCACCUUCCAAUUCCACAUUUAAAAGUCUGUUCCAUGUAAUUCUAGAGAUUGAGAAGCCUGCGUGGAAAGCGAUCAUCCAAAUCGAAAGCACAGUUUUCCAAACGGCAAUCAACAUAGCCAGGGCUGCGGUUAGCGCUGCGGUUGAGAAGGCUAAGAAGGAUAUUAAAGCAGCUGAGGAUGAGUAUCAGAUAGCCGUGGGUAAGAUACGUGCGCGUAUAGAAACAGCGGUUGAACGGCUGCAAGAACAAGCAGCACAGGAUCAAUUUAGGCAAGUCACCUCUGGCAUUUCUCCAUUAUUCGAAGAAAUCGCCGAAACCGUAACCAGUAAAUCAAUCUACUUAGAAGACAUGGGAGAACGCAAAAAAUACUUUGCUGCACUCAAAGCGUUAAUCGAUCAUACAGUGACAACUCUCGAAGCGACUUACCAGAAGGCAUAUCAGAGUGCGGCAAAGUCCUACCUCAGCGGAGCGAUUGGUAUGAUUAAAACGGCCGUGGAUGAAGCAGAAGAAAAAUAUGUGAGGGCCGUAGAGACACGUAUUCUUCAAAUUCAAUCAAAACUGAAUGGUGUACGAGAAGGGGCAUUCAAGAGUGCUGAAAAAAGAGGAAAACUGGAAACUGCAUUCAAUGAAGACUUCGUAGCGUUGGAAUUAGAGGUUAACAAAAAUUCCGCUUUCACGGAUGAUUUCAGCAAACGUAGAGAUUGUUUUAUUAAAGUGAAAGAAAUAAUAACCAACACUGUAAAAUCGUUGUCCACCGCCUACAAGGAGGCUUACAAAAGCUCGGCCAAAACAUAUCUUACUAAAGCUAUUAUUGAGAUCGAAUCGAAGGUUUCAGAUGCGGAGAAGAAGUAUACCGAUGCGUCGGCAAUUGCAGUUCAGGCGAUUACAAGUGCGAUAAAUGGGCUUGGUGUUGAGAACUUUAAAGUUAAUGAGCAGAGGGAGAGAUUAACAGAUAUAUUCACCGAACAUUUCAAAAAUUUGCAAAAAGCCGUAGAGAGCAAAUCUGCGUUCAAACAAGAUUUUAAUUCUCGGACUGAAUGUUUUGAAAACCUCAAAUCUCUCAUGAAUAGAACUAUCGAAACCCUCGUUAAAGCUGCGAAUACGUUUGACGCAUGUGCCACUAUGGCAACAGAAUAUCUUAACAAGUCUUUUAAUGAUGCUGACACUAGAAUCAAAGCACUAGGGUCUAUAAUUAAAAUGCGAGUUAAGAAAGCGUUCGACCAAAUUAUUUCUGAGGUGUAUGAGAUGUAUGCUGCGGAGAAGAGGGCGCAAUUAGAGGCUUUGAAGACGUGUAUCACGGAGCAGUUGCGAACUAUAAGUAAGAUUUUAGAGGAGGAUAGAAGGAUGGGGGUGAAGGGCCUUUUAAAAACACUGAGCGGUGACAACCCUAAUUCUCUGGACCCUCGUAAUAGGCUUCAAAACGUUGAAGAUAAAACAUCUGUGAAAUUGUUAGCUCCUUUAAUUAUGUCAUAUUUGGAUUCUAUUCUAAUCUACAUUUGGAAUGAUAUCGAAACCUCAACCGAUUCCCACUUUUCCGAUGGACAUUUCUACAAAUCUAAAAUUGAGGAAAUCAAAACCGCGCUAAACGAGGUGUUUAACCACCUCAUUGAUACGAAAGACAAAAUAUAUAACUACGAUUAUGUUUUCGUUAAUUUGCUUGAAAAACUUAAUAACGUUCUGGAUGAUUUGUCUCCUCAGGAAUUUGGUGCCAUGGCAUAUCCGGUCUUGGACGCUCUUAGAAAAGGAAUGGCUGGCUUCACCGAGCAACUUAACUAUGCGUAUAUUAACAAAUAUGAGGGGUCCAAAGCCAUUGAGUGGUACGUUGAUGGCCAAAAGCAGAAACCAAGCCAAGAUGCCACGCGAUGCGCUAAGAUUUUCCUAACACUCAUACCGGAAUGGGACAAACAUUUACCUUAUCUGAAGCGGGAAUGUAUUCGCGGUUGGAAUAAAACACAAAUCAAUACUCAAAAAGGUAAUAAGCUCGGCUUAUGGUUCGAGCGUCGUGGUUACCGUGUCUCUACUUCCGAUGAAACCCAGGAUGGUGAGUUAAGAAAUAAUGCUGGCUGCCAAGGUACAAACAUCAAUACGUGUAUGGCCACACUCAUCCCUAAAGUCAACUUUGGCAACCUUCUGUACAACCUUUAUCAGUACUACCGUGUCUGUCAGUCGAAAUUCAGUGACCAAGCCAAGCCUCCGACCACAAUCUGUCAGAUGCUGCACUGGUUCUGUGGCCUGGAGUAUACUCCUAUGUACGAAAACGUGAAAAGUUACCUUCAGGAGUGGUUUAAUGAUUUCAAAAAAGAGCAUGAGAUCGAGAAAGCAUUACCGGCCACCAUGCCAAAAAGAACAGGUCACGAGGUCUUCACAGACUUCAAUCUCGGUAAUCUACUUGGGUCUUACCAAAAUGUCACCAUACGUGCAUCUGAGGUAUUGCUUACCAUCCUUGGAUACGGAGACGCAGACGGGCGGUACGCCUGUGAGUUCUACACCAACCCAUACAAUCUAUAUUACCCUACUGACAAAAGCAAAUGCUUUGAUAUGCUGGUCGACAUUUGCUUGAGACUAAACCACCAAUUGCGUUUCCUGUAUAUGCAGUGUCACAACGGCCCACGUAGCAGCGGUUGGGCCGAUUGCCGAUAUGGUAAGAACAUAGCAGGGUCGGCGUGGAACUGCAACAGGCUGCAAUGCGUAGAGAAUGGCUGCAACCAAAACUGCAAAUGGCAUAAUGACUGCGGCGUCAAGUCACCGUUGCAAUCGUUCCUAGAAGAUGGUCUGAAAGGAUUUCUGCCGCAUCAGUUCAACUCACCCAGUUGCAAGCUAGAUUGUUCGGUAAAGAACCACAACGGCAUCCCGUGUAAGACGCCGAUGGGCUUUGCUGACAUAAGUAUAACGGCCUCGUGGACCAAGACUGGACGCGAUAUUAAGAAGGUGCUUGACCCGUUCUGCGGCACACUACCGGAUUCACUGAGCCUGCUUUGUGCCUACUUCCUAUGCCUGCUGCGCCGACCGCCUCAGACCCUGUGCGACAUGUUCGCGUUUUAUGAGAACUUUUUUGAACACUGGAAAGGCCAUUAUGAUAGUGUGCACAAGGGGCAUGUCAAGAAGCAUAAGCACGAUGCAUUUUAUGCUGCCGUUGCGAGUGCUAAUUUCGGAGUUGAAUACGACGGGUUGGACCCUACCACUAUGUUUGGCAGCAGCAGUCAUUCUAGCGCUGCUACCACUCACCUCGAAGGCGACCUGUUUGCUAUUGUUAACUGCAAACCAAAUGAGAACCCAGUCCACCCCUGCGGGUCAUACUUGCAGCCACUAUCAUACGAGGUGCGUUGCGUAUUCACCGAGAAACUCGCUGCCGAUUACCUUUCUUGGAUUGUCUACAUAACUGAAACGUUUUACAAUCUGCUCAAUGACCUGUAUAACAAAUGCACUAAAUGUUGUAUCCAGCAACAAGCAGACUGCUGUGGCAGAAUAUGUGCCAAGGGUUGUACAGUGGACUCAACAGCUGAACCAGCUGAAAGUAAAAAGCUCACACAUAAAACGCAUGGAGAAUUGUGCAACUCCAUACUCCAAUGCGCCGGUAUCCAUCCCACAAUAUUUGCGGCAGGUUUCACUUUUGGUAGCCCGUGGAACCUAAGUGGCGAUAACGGCGUCGAAAAGAAACGGUCAUGUAAAGAUUUUUGUACCGCGUUGGGAAUGGUUGUACGAGAAAACAACGUUCUCUACAUGCUUGUUCACGAGAAAAUUCCGGCAUUCCUGUGGGAGAUAAGAUAUAAAUUCUUCUACACCCUCGUGGCUCUCUGGGCCUACUCCCUCCUUUACCUCUUGUAUGUCAUCAUCGGCCGCCUCGACACUUUCCACAUCCGCUCACACCUGAGACUGCCAUCAUCGCACAAGAUAUCCGCGCAAUCUCUCCUAGCUACUGCACGUCUCAACGACCUUGCCAAGCUCGCUUACCUGCGGACGUGA